AUGAAUCUUAACAAAGCCAUGAACCUCUUCGAACUAUUCGAGCGUUUGGGCCGCGAGGAAGAUUUCGAGGAGGCGAUACAACACGCGAAGUCUGCACUCCUAGAGACAGCCUCAAGCAAGAGUCUUUAUGUAGGAAAACUAAAUCUCCUUGGAGUGUCUCUCAAAGCUCGUUGGUUCUUCAACCGAGCACCGGGAGGCCUUGAAGAGGCCAUCGGACUGUUCACCAAAGCUGUCGAAGUCACGCCAAACAACGACCCAAAUCUCAUAAGCUACUUGAGCAACUUGGGAAGCAGCCUUGAGGGCCGAUAUGACCUCUUCAGGCAUAAGGGGGAUCUUGAAGACGCAAUCUGGCUCUCUCGCAAGGCUAUUAGGGCCACUCCUGCCUCUCAUCCCAAACUAGGGAGUAGAUUAAGUAAUUUGGGAAGUCAGCUUCAAAGGCGCUAUAAACGCACAGAUAAUAUCAACGAUCUUGAAGAGACGAUCAGAGUUCUACACCAAGCUGUUGAUGCCACGCCUGCUAAUGGCUCAAAUCUCUCAACCUAUUUAGAAAACCUGAUCGAUAAUUUGGAAAGUCGGUAUUAUCGCCGAGAGGUGAUCAGCGACUUAGAGUGUGCCAUUCGACUAUCUCGUAAGGCAGUCAACGUCUUACCUGUUGAUCAUCCGGAUUUUGCAGGUUAA